AUGCCUGGUCUUGGUCUCGCAUUAACCCCACCCUGUAGGCCUUCGGGCUUGAUAUCUACCAGACCAACUCCGAUGGAAAUUGGCAAACCGGUCAAUGAAAGAAUAGUGCUCAACGUUUCCGGGCUGCGGUUUGAGACACAUUUAAGCACGUUACAGAAAUUUCCCAACACUUUAUUGGGUAAUCCGUCCAAGCUGAAUCGGUAUUACGACGCCUUAAGAAAUGAGUAUUUUUUCGAUAGAAACAGACCCAGUUUUGAUGCUAUCUUAUACUAUUAUCAAAGCGGUGGACGACUACGUCGACCGGUUAAUGUGCCUAUUGAUGUGUUCACCGAAGAAAUACACUUCUACGAGAUCGAUGAGGAUGCCAUCGAAAAAUAUCGGGAUGACGAAGGUUUUAUACGUGAGGAUGUGAAAGUUUUGCCGGAGAAUAAAUUUCAGCGCAAAAUUUGGCUUCUCUUCGAGUACCCCGAAAGUUCCAUGGCUGCUCGUAUUAUUGCGAUCUUCUCUGUUAUUGUGAUUAUUCUAUCAAUUGUGAUAUUCUGUAUUGAAACACUUCCAAAUUUCAAACAUUACAAAGUUGUGACCCUAAUGGAUUAUGAGUUCUCCAUUGCAGGUAUUUUGAAAGACACCCCACGGUAUGAUAUUCCGGCCAUUGAGGAACCGUUUUUUGUCGUUGAAACCGUGUGCAUUAUUUGGUUCACAUUUGACCUGCUCAUACGUUUCGCCAGUUCGCCGGAGAAAAUUGCAUUUUUCAAGAACAUUAUGAAUUUCAUCGACAUUGUGGCCAUUAUCCCCUAUUUCAUCACUCUUGGUACUAUGAUAGCAGAUGAGAGUCGUAGUCAGAAUCAGGCCAUGUCCUUGGCCAUUUUGCGUGUCAUACGUUUGGUUCGUGUGUUUCGAAUUUUCAAACUCUCUCGACAUUCCAAAGGUCUGCAAAUUUUGGGCCAAACUUUAAAAGCCAGUACACGGGAACUGGGUUUAUUGGUAUUUUUCCUUUUGAUCUGUGUGAUUCUAUUCUCUUCCGCUGUGUAUUUUGCUGAGAUUGACUCGGAUCGGACGUAUUUUCGUAGUAUUCCUGAUGCAUUCUGGUGGGCUGUGGUCACAAUGACCACGGUCGGUUACGGAGAUAUGCGACCGGUCACUGUGUGGGGUAAACUGGUCGGAUCGUUGUGUGCGAUCGCCGGAGUACUGACAAUCGCUUUACCUGUCCCUGUGAUAGUAUCUAACUUUAACUAUUUCUACCAUCGUGAAACUGAGACCGAGGAUAAACAAACAUUCAUUCAUGUGCAGUCCUGUGCCAUAAAUGAGAGGCGGUUUGCCCCACGAAGACGCACACACACACACACACACACACACACACACACACACGGGAACAGACAACUGCAAUCUAAUCGCGAUUCUACAAAAACAAGUCUGCUCACUUGA